GGAAAAAGAAGUAAUCAUCUUUUAUCUACAACAAAACAAUGGUGCCGAAACCCAUUUUGUGUGUAACCCUUUUGUCAUUAAUAAUUUCUCUGACCACUCUUUCCUUGGUUGCCGCCGAUCCCACAUAUGGCUUCACCCGUCUUCCACUAAGUAACUCAAACUUCCAAGUCCAAAGGCCUUACGACGUUCCAGUCAGCCAACGCUACAGCUUUUCAAAUGGAGUGCACAGAUUUUUGGUAUACUCCUCGGACAAGCCUCACAUGCAAGGCAGUGCAACGGAGCCACGAACUGAGAUUCGUAUCACUGGAUACGAUUAUACAUCUGGUGUGUGGCAAUUUGAAGGGUAUUUUUACGUGCCUAGUGGCACAACCGGGACGUGCAUCCAACAAGUGUUUGGUGGAGUAUCCUCAGCCACAACCUCGCAGAGUAGAGUCUAUGGUGGUUCUCUCACUCAUUACCAAUCGAUUACACUGGAACAAAACAUCUACAAUAGGUGGAUUCGGUUUAACGUGAUCCAUGAUGUGGGUGCUAACAACGUGAAGAUUUAUAUUAAUGGGGGGAAUACUCCCAGGUACAAUGGACCUGGCCGUGGAGCUAGCACUCACUACUUCAAGUUUGGGGUUUAUGCACAACCUGGUGCUGCUUCCAACUACAUGGAAUCUCAAUGGCGGGAUAUCAAGAUUUUAAGAAAAUAGAAAUCUAGUGCUUUUGUUUCAUUAGUUCCAAGUUUUGAUACAACAAGCAUAGAUAUAUCAACUAUAAUUCAGAAUAAUUUACUUGAAUAGUGAGAAUUAACCUUCCAAUAAAAUACACUUUUCUUUUAGUCAUAGUUUUAAACACUAGGUGUGUCAUUGACAAUUUGAUCAUUAAAUCAAAUU